AUGGCCACUGCGAAGCGAGGACGUCCGCCAAACUUGACGCUUCAAGCGGCCCCGUCAUCCAAGGCGUCAACCAUAGAGCUGGAGUCAGCUACGCCUGUUGACCUUGACGAUGAAGGAUUAGACCUCGCGGCGGACAACGACAAUGGUCUGCUCGACUCGCCUGAUCCUUUACUGGACGAUGAUGACGGAGACAUAACCCGGUCAUUAGAGCGUCUGGAAGAACUCAGGAAAAAUGUCCAACAGAAUCUUCGACUUCGUCCGAUCCGUUCUUCAGGCUCUUUACCCAAAGUUCAAUUGGGUGAUUCCUCGCCUUGGGACCCUUCCUUUGGCAGUCCAGCGUCGAGUCUAUCGGCAUAUUUUACCCCAGAUGGGCCACCGAGUGCACGCUUUAUAGGUUCUUUGUCUCGCGAACCCAGACCCGUUGGCCCGGCAUCCCUCAUUGAACGCCUCCGCCACUCCCGUCGUCCGCUCCUCAUAGACACACGGCCACAAGCUGCGCACAAGGCCUUCCACAUUCGACACAGCAUCAACCUCGUCAUUCCAUCCCUCAUCCUUAAACGCUCCAAGAAGAACCCAUUCCAAUCUUUGGAAGCUUUGCGCCAAUAUGUUACUUCUGAGCAAGGCAAGCGCGACUGGGACCAACUUCUUGGACCGAAUGGACCAUGGGAUGGAGAUGUUGUGGUUUAUGGUGAAGAAGAAGACAAGUCGCUGUUACCCAUCCUCACUCCCCUUACACCGUAUGGUGUCGUCGACUUUUUGCAGGGUGGUAUAUCGAAGGCGGGGCAUGCACUAGAGUCGUUGAUAGUAUCCGGAAAUGACUCUGAGCAACAAGCGAGUGGGUUGUUCCAGCUGGACACCGUCGCUGCUGUCCGGUCAAAAACGCUGCCAGAAAUCGACACUCGUUCGUCAAUGGAGAUUAACGCAUCACUUGCGGCCUCUCUAGCUGCAACGCUACCAGCGCCUCCACGCUCACCACUCCCGCUCAUGUCGUCCAUCAUAUCGUCACAAACACCAAACCUCAUCGAUUCGUCUCCUUCACCACCACCAUCACAAUCAGGUUUUCGGCGACCCCCGCCUCCACCACGCCGACCAUCUGCGCCUAAUCUACGUAAACUUGACACCAAGUCGGCAGAACGACUCAAGCUUUCCGUCCGCACUGUCCCUCUCAAAGCAAAUACGUUAAAUAUUGCGCUUGCUCCUCCUUCACCCUCUUAUGGCGCGACUUUGCCUUCACCCUCUACUCCUUGGACACUCUCUUCUCCUAUUUCUGGCGGAGGCGAAUUCCCCACGGCGUAUUAUACACCACCGCAUACACCAGGCACUCCUAGAGGUGGCCCUAAUGGUUUCAACUUUGGUCGAGACCCACCUGCGACGGCUCGGCCUGACGAACCGCCUACAACAGAAGAGCCAGUACCUGAAUUUGCUAUCAGCACCAUCCUCCCUGGAUUCUUAUUCCUUGGCCCAGAGCUUACACAGCCUGAACAUGUUGCUGAGCUCCAAUCCUUUGGAGUACGACGAAUUCUCAAUAUUGCAGCUGAGUGUGACGAUGACCACGGCCUUCAUCUCCGCACCAUCUUCAAAUACCAUAAGAUCCCAAUGCGAGACACAGUCGAGGAGGAAAAUAUAGCAAGGGGGGUUCGCGAAGUAUGCGAAAUUCUUGAUGAUGCUCGUCUACACUCUGCAGCCACCUAUGUCCAUUGCAAAGCGGGCAAGAGUCGUUCUGUCACAGCUGUUAUGGCUUAUCUCAUUCACGCUAAUCACUGGACACUAUCCAAGGCCUACGCAUUUGUCCUUGAACGGCGCAAGGGCAUCUCCCCCAACAUUGGAUUCGUCAGUGAGCUGAUGACAUUUGAGGAGGAAGAGCUUGGCGGGAAAAGUGUCGGGGUUCAGCCAUCGUCUGCAACAGAUGAAAGCAACUCUCAUUCUCAAGGCCAUGGGCCAGGCGCCGGGCAUAGUCACAACGCCAAUUACAAUGUUGCUGUUGGUGGUCGACGUGGAGGCCAUAUCCGCGAAAGUUUACCACCCAUUUUUUCGCAAUCCCAGUCAUUCUCAGCAGUCGGGACAGAGGGCCCCGUGCAACCCAUGGACGAGUCGGUUGGGAAUGUAGGCCAGGAGAUAGAGGUGAGGAAUGCCGCUGGGCAGUAUAGGCAUGCGAGAAGGGCUCCAGUGAACGAGACGACAUUGCAGCCGAUGAGGAGAGUUAGUAAGGCUGGGUUGGAGAGUGCGGCGUAUUCAUAA